AAAAAAAUGGCAAAAACAGUAAUUGUGGACUGGGUAAGAUUGAUCGAACAAUUCGACAGCACAGGCACAGCCGCGGUGCCGCACAGCAACAAUAUUGCACAAUUUAUGUUGUUUAUCUUUCGGUCCCUUAAUUCACAUGUACUUGAAUACUUCCCCAGUAUAAUAUAUAUGUUAUUUGCACUCGGACCCCUGUCUAUUUCUCUGAGACAACCUGUGGACUCUCAUUCUUGAGGGUUUUCUAUCUAAUUCACCUUCUCGAAGCUCAACACAUCGGCUCCCUGUAAAAAGCCGGCGCUUCUAUACAUACAGGCUCAGGAUCGAGAGCCCAAUUGACGUCAUAGGGAACUUUGAUUAACCCGCUAAAUGUUUCUUUGAGCUGGAGGAUAAGCUUGAGAAAACUUUGAGCAAAAAUGGCUUUGCGAACCCUAAUUACCAAAAAACCCCUAAAUCCUUUGCGAUUGGGUUUUCGUGGAUUGCAGACAGUGUCACUACCAGAUCUUUCCUACGAUUAUGGUGCCCUCGAGCCCGCCAUCAGCGGGGAAAUCAUGCAGCUUCACCACCAAAAGCACCACCAGGCUUACAUAACUAAUUACAACAAGGCUCUCGAGCAGCUCGACACUGCCAUUUCGAAGAAGGAUACUUUGACCAUCGUCAAGGUGCAGAGUGCCAUCAAAUUUAAUGGCGGAGGUCAUAUUAAUCACUCAAUUUUCUGGAACAAUCUUGCUCCCAUUCGUGAAGGUGGCGGUGAACCUCCCGAGGGCUCUUUAGGUUUGGCUGUGGAAAAUGCAUUUGGGUCAUUGGAGGGGCUUAUUCAGAAGAUGAAUGCAGAAGGUGCAGCUUUACAAGGCUCCGGAUGGGUGUGGCUUGCUCUUGACAAAGAACUGAAGCGCCUGUCGGUCGAGACCACCUCAAAUCAGUGGCUUGCUCUUGACAAAGAACUGAAGCGCCUAUCGGUUGAGACCACCUCAAAUCAGGAUCCACUAAUUACUAAAGGAGCAAGUUUGGUUCCAUUGCUUGGUAUUGACUACAAGAAUGUGAGACCAGACUACUUGAAGAAUAUAUGGAAUGUGAUGAACUGGAAAUAUGCGACUAGUGUGUACGAAAAAGAGCGUGCUUGAGUGGACAAACCUUUCAUUGUUCGGCAAAUGGUGGUUUUCGUUAGUUGGUCUAAAAGACUUUUGAGUUGUGNUGAUAUAAUCUCAAUAAUGUUUCAACUACUGUUCAUAUCUUGAAUAAUAUGAACGAUGCAAUUGCAGACUGCAUGAUGCAGUGAAAAUCUUUAACUUAUUGCAA